AUGGCGGCCGAAGUCAGCAACGCCAACUUUACCUUGGAGAGCCUGUUCAAUGUGAAGGAUAAGGUGGCCCUUAUUACCGGCGGCGGCAGCGGUAUCGGCCUGAUGGCCGCGCAGGCGCUGGCUACCAACGGCAGCAAAGUCUACAUCACGGGGCGCACGUCGGAGAAGCUGGAGCGGGUGGCGGAGUUGUACGGCAAGUCUGCCAAGGGGGAGAUCAUCCCGCUGGCGGCGGACGUGACGGACAAGGCCAGCAUCAAGAAGCUGGUGCAGGAGCUCGAGUCGCGCGAGUCGCGGCUGGACAUCCUGAUCAACAACGCGGGCAUCAGUAGCAGCACCCAGACGACGGAGCACGAGAACGCCGCAGACCUGAGCAAGUCGCUCUUCGACGAGGGCUCCUCGCCCGAGGAGUGGGAGAGCGUCUACCGCACCAACGUCGUCCACCCCUACCUGAUGACCUCGGCCUUCCUGCCGCUGCUGCAGAAGGCCAGCGAGCAGACCCAGGGCUGGAGCAGCACCGUGAUCAACAUCACCAGCAUCUCGGGCAUUGUCAAGGUCAGCCAGCACCACUUCGCCUACAACGCCUCCAAGGGCGCUGCCGUGCAUCUGUCCAAGAUGCUGGCCCAUGAAAUCGCCAGCUCCGGCUUGCGCAUCCGCGUCAACAACAUCGCCCCCGGCGUGUUCCCGAGUGAGAUGACGGCCGGGGAGAGUGAUGAGAAGCAGAAGAGUGCGCUCGAGAAGGAGAAGUAUGAGGGUAAGAUCCCCGCUGCUCGGCCUGGUAAGGAUGAGGAUAUGGCCAGUGCCGUCUUGUUUGCGGCUACCAACCAGUACUUGAACGGUCAGACCCUGGUCGUGGACGGAGGGUAUGUUCUGGCGGCUGGAACUGUCUGA